AAGAAUCCAUAAAGAAAUGAACGCACACUGGUAUCAUUUAUUACUUAAGCCAUCGAUUUUCUCGAUGGAGGUACCAAGAGAUCGAUUUUGACUAGUUAUUUAUUGUUUUUUUACGUGUUUUGUUUACCGACAGGUGUUUAUUGUUUCAUUUUGUGGAUUUUGACUUGAGGAAUUGAGAAUUUAGUGCCUUUUUCAAGCCAUUUCGUACUGGAGUUUCGAAAUGGUGAACUCACAGAUUUUAAACUUUUACGAAAACGCCAACGUCUUCAUCACUGGGGGAACUGGCUUCCUUGGGAAGAUACUGAUAGAAAAAUUACUUAGGAGUACAUCAGUGUCUACUUUAUACCUCUUGGUGAGGCCAAAAAAAGGCAAGGAUGUAGAAACGAGAAUAAAGAAUAUAUUUGAAGAUGUGAUUUUCCAAAGGCUGCACGAGGAAUGCCCCAAGUUCAUACAUAGGAUCGUGGGGGUGAGUGGAGAUGUUUCUCUGCCCGAUUUGGGGAUAUCCAAGACGGACAGACAGAUGCUGACAGAAAAAAUUGACAUAAUAUUCCACGUAGCAGCCACGAUGAGAUUUGAUGAGAAUUUGAAACACGCCUACUGCGUGAACGUUAAAGGUGCUCAAGAAAUCUUGAAACUUGGGAAGGACAUGAAGAAUCUUAAGAGUUCAAUGCAUGUUUCCACAGCCUUCUCGAAUUGUCACCUCGAAGAGAUCGAGGAAAGGUUUUACGACCAGCCUAUACAUUACGAGGAAAUUGGACAUGUGUUGGAGAAAAUGACUGAAUCAGAAGCGGACAAACACACUAAAAGUAUAAUAGGACCAUGGCCAAACACCUACACCUACACGAAAGCCCUAGCUGAAACAAUGAUCAGAGAUUCAAGUGGAAAUCUACCAAUAGGAAUUUUCAGACCCUCCAUAGUUAUUUCCACCCAUAAGGAACCCAUCGAAGGGUGGAUCGAUAACCUUUACGGACCUACUGGUGUAUGUGCAGGGGUGGCUCUAGGAUUACUGAGGGUCCUGCUGUGCGAUCCACAUAAAAAAGCCGAUUUAGUACCUGUAGAUAUGUGUGUGGCUGCUCUGAUAGCAGCGGCUUGGGACACAGCCCAAAAGAACAAGACCAGAAGUAGCCCUGAAGAUAUACCUAUUUAUAACUAUGUGUCUAUGGAUAACAACAUGACUUGGGAAGAGUAUUGCAAGAUAAACACGAUGUAUGGGUUCAAGUACCCCUUGAGCAAGUGCGUCUGGGUGCACUCCCUUAAUUUCACCAGGAACGUGUACAUGUAUAUGUUUUUGAAACUGAUCUACCACCUGCUUCCUGCCCUUUUGCUAGACGGGGUCAGUACGAUAUGCUUCAAGAAUCUGGGGAUGCUGAAUAUGUAUAGAAAAAUUCACAAAUUCUCGAACGUUUUAUCAUUUUUCUCGACUAGAGAAUGGAAAUUUUCCAACGAUAACGUGAUCAAAUUGUGGAAUAAACUAGACGACACUGAAAGGAAAUUGUUCUUUUUUGACAUGAAAUCUUUGGACCUCUGGGCGUAUUACAAGACCUAUUUUUACGGUAUAAGGAGAUAUAUCAUGAAGGAUUCGGUAGAUUCGUUAGAGGCAGCUAAAAGAAAGCAGAGAAUUUUUGCCAUCCUGCACAAAAUUUUGCUGGUUUCACUCUAUUUCACGGCGUCCGUCCUGGUUUGGAAUUUGUUUCAGAGGUUCACAGUUGGUGAACAGAAACCCUGUGUAGAUAUUUCAAACUCAAUAGCUUUAUGAAUUUCCACGGAAAUUUUUUUUUAAUAAUUGUUAACAUAUUUAUACGUCGCGUUAGGGAUAUUUGUUUCAGUUGUAGAUUGUCAGGUCUUGGAGUUACCAAAUGAAGCAUCAUUGUACAUGUUUAGAUUGUAAGUGAAAAAUAUAUUUGUUUAUUUAA